AUGCUACACCUCUUGCACGGAAAAAAUGGAUGUUUCAAGAUCAGAACACAUUUCGGAAACUAUCGUCUUUUCAAUCACAUCUCCAAAGGUUUCGACUUUGGCGGCUUCGCAGCACAGCGUGCCUUCGUUCGGGAGCCGCGCGUCGCAGCGCUGCUUGUGGACGGAGUCGUGCACGACUUCGAGGCGUUGAUGCGAGCUUACGUGGUACGUGUUCUGGGCAGCUGGAAUUCGCCACUGUUCGCAGACCUGCUUACUCGGCAGGUACAGAGCCGCUGCGAGUUCAAUUUGCAGACAAGGCUCAGUGAGGUAAGCUUGAGAGCCAGCUUUGCCGAUCGUGUGGCAAACAAUGCCACUCGCAUUGGCGUCAUUCGCUCCUUAGAUGAUGCCGCGAUGCCCAGCGACGAGCAGUACAACUUGCUGGUCUCCUCAGUGUCGCUGAACGACCAAAUGCAAGCUCCGAGGAGUUUCAGCUGGGCUUCCAACUACACAGUUCCGGCCAGCGAUGCCUGCGACGAGCAGACGGCGCUGCACCUCUUGUCUCCGGCAGAGUACCAAGCGCGCCUCUGUGAGUUCUUCGGGGACGUUUUUUCUCUUGGAGCUAGCUGCAGGUAA